AUGGCGGAACAGCCACACAUUAAGCCCGAUCCUGAGGGCGGAUCGCCCCUCGUGGAAGACGACUUUGACGAUGCUGGAGACCUGGAAUUCUACGACCAAUCCGUCCCGGGCGAUCCCAUGGGCACCAUGUACUUGGCUCGCUUGCCCAACUAUGUAUGGCAAGCAUGGGCAGAUCUCGACGAUGAUGCCGAGAUCCAACUCGGAACCAUCCGCCAGUGGGACGAGGUCGAUGGGAACGGGGCGUCGCAUCUCCUUCUCAAGUCAGAUAUUGCCCAGCAUCAGCACAUCCCGAAAGAGUACAACAUGGACAUCUCUGAUCCAAACGUCUACAACACUUUCGUCUUCACGGAACAGGAUCUACCCGGAUACGCUGCGAAGAACAAGGCGAAGGCAGAUGCUCUAGCUCGGGGCAUCCCUGCGCAUCUCCUGCGCGACAAGAACCCAAAGCCACCACCGCCUGGUGGUCCUCAGCCGUUUGAGCGCGGAAAGAGGGGCCCUCCACAGUACCGACGCGGGAUUCCGAAGAAAACUACCAUCGGCGGCAGGAUUAAGCACGAGAUAAGCUGUACACCUGUGCCGAACGCGGAAACCGAUCACAUCCUUCAACUGCGGGCCAUAGAGGCGAUGAAACCGAAGGCCCAAACCACGAUCCUGGGCGCUUUGCCGUAUGGCCCCGACGGCAUCAUUUAUGCCGGUACACAGCGUGCCCACGACGCAUUUGAGGGCUUCAUCAAAACCGCGCCCAAACCUGAUAAGGCCAAGAAGAUGGAGAACAAGACGGCCAGAUGGGAGGAGCAGAGGCUUCUGGAUGCUCUCGAGGUUGCCUUCUCCGAGUACACAUACUGGUCUAUGAAAGCGCUUCGUGCAAAGAUCCCCCAGCCCGAGGCGUUUCUUCGUGAGACCCUGGAUAGGUUUGCUGUUUUGCACCGGAGCGGUCGCUUCGCAAACCAGUGGUCUGUCAAGCCCGAGUUCCUCCACCUUAUAGAGAAACGCGGCAAGGGAUUGCCAGCGGCAGACACGGCAGCACCAGGCGGUGAAGCAGAGGCGGGCCCGUCCGACGUGGACGCUGGGGAAGAUGAGGAUCUCAAGAUGGAGGAUGUUCUCUGA